UGUGUUUCGCUGAUAACCACUGCAAACAGUACUUAUUUUUCCCUACAUUACACUUACAGCACAUCCGAGUGUUAUAUCGUAUCUGUCUGUGUACACAUCGAUCACCUACUUUAGCUAUAAGUAUUUUGCACAACAGUCCAUAAACUGUGCAGUACUGUAAGAUCAGGCAGCCGUAACUAGAGACUUUAAUUUAAAAUCGUUUAAGUUGUACGUUUUGCACGUAACCGUCCGCGAAGAUGUUGUUUGCUUUGCUGGGGAUGUUAGGCAGUUGUGCGCUGCUGUACGGUCUGUACUACAUCGCGGCGUGGUACCUGCGCGAAUGGCGCUACCGCUGGCCGCCGGGACCGCGCAGUCUGCCGCUGAUCGGGUCGCCGCUUAUGCAGUCCGACAUUAAAUCCUUCCAGCGCAUCCACUACAACAACGCCAAGAAGUACGGGAGUAUCGUGCGUACCAUGCUCGGUCCCUACGCCGUCGUCCAGCUCAACGAUCCCAAGAUCAUCAAGGAGGCCUUCUCCCGCGAUGUCUUCGUGCCCCGCCCCUUCUUCUGGUAUGUUGAAGAGCGGGCCCUCAUCAACGACGGCGCACACGGAAUCGUGUUCAGCAAAGGACAAACGUGGAAAGACCACCGGCGUUUCAUCCUGCAAACGCUGCGCGACUUCGGCGUGGGCAAAUUCAAGAUGGAAGAGAAGAUUGUCGAAGAAACGGAGAUACUGAUUAAGCUGCUGGAAGAGGCCAACGGCCAACCAAUUGACACGCGCGCCCCGGUCAGCUGCACCGUCGCCAACGUCAUCGGCAGCGUCCUCAUGGGAACGCGUUACGCUCCCGACGACCAGGAUUUCCUGAACAUCAUGCGCUGGACACGGGAGAUCACCGAGUUCACACCGAAGAAGAUCGCCCUGGCUUCCUUUCCCUUCCUGCGCCAUAUCCCGCCCAUCAAGGCCACCUUCGAAGAGCUGAUGGGGCAUCUGCGCGGCUUCAAGGCCUUCUUCCAAAAACCCUGUCAAGAACAUUUGGAGAACUGGCAGCCGGAUCGCAACGCCGAUUUCAUCGACACGUACAUUUCCGCCGUGAAGGAGCAGCAACCUGCAACGGCUAAUAUGAGCGAAUUGCCGUUGGUGCUGGAGGACCUCUUUGAAGCCGGGUUCGAAACCACAACGACCACGCUGCGAUGGGCAUUCCUGUUAAUGGCCACCCAUCACGAGAUCCAGGCCAAAGUGCACGCCGAACUGGACAAGGUAAUCCCAUCAGGGUCUUUCGCUAAACUAUCGGAAAAAGAACAACUGCCCUACGCGGAAGCGACAAUCAUGGAGGUACACCGCUACGCCAGCGUCGCCCCGAUGGGCGUCAAUCACGCCGCCGAGGAGGACACCACCAUCCACGGAUUCGACAUUCCAAAAGGAACGUGGAUGCAAGCCAACAUCUACUUCGUCCACCACAACACCGAGUGGUGGGAUCAACCCGAACAGUUCAAUCCCGAUCGCUUCUUGACCCAGGACAACCAGAUGCAGGCUUCGGACAACGUCAUGCCUUUCGGUCUCGGGAAGCGGCGUUGUCUGGGCGAGGCGUUGGCGCGCGCCGAACUCUUCAUCAUCUUCACCGCCGUCAUGCACCGCUUCACCGUACGCUUGCCGGACGGCGGUCAGACGGCCGAUCUGUCGCCCACCGUCGGGAUCAUCGCUGACACGCAGCCUCAUAAGCUGUGUUUCGUUGCGCGCUCUAAUUAGUUAUACGAUGAUUCAUAUUAGAAAUGUUUACCUGGUUACCAGUUACAGUAAUUCUUCCUUGCUCAUGGUCCGAAGAGAGAGCACAGGCAGAGAACGCACGGCUGACGCAACGACUGCUCAAUAAUGCGUGUGUAUCUUUGUGGACGAUUCUGUACCACGUCAAUAACAU